AUGGAGACUCAUAAAGUUGCCUUCUUUGCCCUGCUUCUGGUCACUCUGUCUUUUCUCGCCGGCGAGGCCUUCCCCGUGAAGAACCCCUUCCAUCCCGGAAUUGUGAUGCCGACGGAGAAUGGCCCCGACGACGAUGAAGUCGGGACAAGGUGGGCGGUCCUCGUGGCGGGCUCCAAUGGGUACGGAAACUACAGGCAUCAGGCGGACGUUUGCCACGCGUAUCAGCUGCUUAAGAAAGGCGGGUUGAAGGAGGAGAACAUUGUUGUGUUCAUGUUCGACGAUAUCGCUAACAACGAGCUCAAUCCCAGGCCUGGGACCAUCAUCAACCACCCGCAAGGCGACGACGUUUACGCCGGCGUCCCCAAGGAUUACACGGGGGAGAAUGUGACCGCGGAGAAUCUGUACGCGGUGAUCAUGGGUGACAAAGCUGCAGUGAAAGGGGGAAGCGGCAAGGUUGUGGCGAGCAAGCCCAACGACCGGAUUUUCUUGUACUAUUCGGACCAUGGCGGCCCUGGUGUUCUUGGGAUGCCGAACAUGCCUUCCGUAUACGCGAUGGAGUUGAUCAAUGUGUUGAAGAAGAAGCACGCAGCUGGUAGUUACAAAGAAAUGGUGAUCUACGUGGAGGCCUGCGAGAGCGGCAGCAUCUUUGAAGGGAUCAUGCCCACGGACUUGAACAUCUACGUCACCACUGCGGCCAACGCACAGGAGGCCAGCUUCGGGACUUACUGCCCCGGGAUGGACCCGUCCCUUCCCCCGGAGUACAUCACUUGCAUCGGGGAUCUCUACAGCGUCGCCUGGAUGGAAGACAGCGAGACGCACAAUCUGAAGAGGGAGACGGUGAAUCAGCAGUACAAGGCUGUGAAGUCGAGGACCUCGAGUGGCGGAUCCCACGUGAUGGAAUACGGGAGCCAGGGGAUCAAGCCGGAGAAGCUCUACCUGUACCAGGGCUUUGAUCCCGACAGCGUUAACAUCCCUCCACGGCCCAGCAAUGUUGGGUUGUCGAGGACGGAUGUUGUGAACCAGAGAGAUGCAGAGCUUCUCUUCUUGUGGCAUAUGUACAAGAGAUCGGAGAACGGAUCUAGGAAGAAGGCAGAGAUACUGGACGAGAUCAGGAGGACCGUGACGUAUAGGAACCACUUGGACGGCAGCAUCGAAUUGGUUGGGACGCUCUUGUUCGGACCCAAAAACGGCCCACAAGUGCUCAACAAGGUCAGGGGGCCCGGAUCCGCGCUGGUGGACGACUGGCAAUGCUUGAAAUCGAUGGUGAGGGUGUUCGAAGGGAAAUGUGGGUCACUGACGCAGUACGGGAUGAAGCACAUGAGAGCAUUUGCCAACAUCUGUAACAGUGGGGUGUCCAAGGCGACGAUGGAGGAAGCGUCAGGCGUGGCGUGUGCAGGGUAUGCAGCUGGGAAUUUGAGCCCGUUGAAUGUCGGAUUCAGUGCUUGAAAGAUGAAGAAAAUGACCAUCUCUACAUAUAUCUAAUGGAUUGUUCUGAUGCUAUACUAGGCAGGGGAGACUAAAAAGAGGUAAGCCGUUGGGAUAUAUGGGUUCUGUAAAUAAGGGGGUUGUAGAACCUGUUGUUGUGUACUUGGAUGUAUAAGGUCGUGAAAUUAUUAUAUGAAAAAAAGGUGAAAUGAGUAUUUGGUAAACCAUUUCCGGUCGAGGUUUCAGAUCUUGUUGGGCUUCACCUGGGUUGGGCUUUAUAGAUUGGGACAUUUCUCAUCUUCUCGUG